AUGCCUUCCGAAGUAUCAGAUAUCAAGCAGUUCAUCGAGAUUUGCAGACGCAAGGAUGCGUCAUCUGCACGUAUCAUGCGCAAUCGCAAGACCAACCAGACCAAGUUCAAGGUCCGAUGCAAGCGAUUCUUAUAUACCCUUGUACUGAGUGAUUCCGACAAAGCAGAUAAGCUGAAGCAGAGUUUACCUCCUGCCUUGAAAAUCGUGGAUGUAUCCAAGGGUGGUACAAAGAAGAAGUCCAUCUAA